ACAAAUAACUUCUCAAGUGAAAACAAACUUGGAGAGGGAGGGUGGAUUUGGUCCCGUUUACAAGGGUAAGUUGCGGAGAGGUCCGGAAAUAGCAGUGAAAAGGCUUUCGAAAACGUCUACUCAAGGACUUCAGGAAUUCGAACAUGAGGUUAAACUUACUGCGAGACUACAACAUAUGAAUCUAGUUCCUGUUCUUGGAUUUUGCACUGAGAAGGAAGAAAAAAUGCUGAUCUACAAGUACAUGCCCAACAAAAGCUUGGACUUCUACCUUUUCGAUCUGCAAUUUUUCGUGCUUCUCCUUACAUUUUAGAAUGCACGCUAGAAUAACAGUAAUAACAUUUACAUUGGGUCUAAGCUUAUGGAGGUGCAGAUUACUUUCAACAAAAUUUGUUUCAAUUCAUUAGAACUUCAUGUACGGAUUCUUGAAUUUUUCAUCUCGCAGAUCCUACCAGAUGGUAUUUCAUGGAUUGGGGAAAGCAUGUGCACAUCAUCGAAGGCGUUACUCAAGGACUCCUAUAUCUUCAAGAAUACUCAAACUUCACAAUCAUUCACCGUGAUUUAAAAGCUAGCAACAUUUUGCUUGAUGACGAGAUGAAUGCUAUGAUUUCCGAUUUUGGAAUGGCCAAACUUUUCAGAAAGGAUGAACUCGAAGGAAACACAAGGCGGAUUGUUGGCACAUAUGGCUACGUACCUCCUGAAUACGUACGAAAUGGCAUAUACUCUAUGAAGUACGACGUCUACAGCUUCGGAGUUCUACUUUUGCAAAUGAUUAGCGGACGGAAGAGUACACAUUACUAUGGUCCGAACGAAAGUAUGCACCUCUUGGAAUAUGCAUAUGUAUCAUGGAAAGAGGACAAAGGACUGGAAUUUAUCGAUCCGUCACUUGACGAUUCUUCUUCUUCUUGUAAGUUAUUGAGAUGCUUGCAAGUGGCACUACUCUGUGUCCAGGAAAAUGCCGACGAUAGGCCUACAAUGCUGGAAGUUUAUUCCAUGCUCAAAUCUGACACUCAAGCCGUUUCAACUCCUACUAAGACGGCUUUCUCAGUAAAAAAUUACGACAAUGUGGACAACAUAUGUACCCCGCAGCCAGGAAAUUGUUCGGUUAAUGAUGCUCAGAUCUCCGAACUGCAACCCCGAUGA